AUGGCGACGAGUUUCGGAGUUGAAAACGAAGCGUAUACGGACACAGAAAUAGAGAACAAACCCGGAACACACUCUGAGGUAGACAUAGAGAUACUUUACACAAAUGGAAUUCAGAAGAACAUUGACAGAAGAAGGGAGAACGAAAGAGAAGGAGUCGAGGAUUUUGUUCGCAGAUUGAAAGGUUGUGCUUUUAUCAGUAUGAGGGAGAAGAAAACGAAGAAAUCAUGGAGAAGGCAAUCACUAAGUGCUACUGAUAAUUACGACAAAGAGCAACCACUGUGA